AUGGAGAUGGAGAAGGUUCGUCUCCGUCGAGCUGUUCAACUGACAAAGACUGCCGGCCGCGGGCCAGACUACUCAAGCCGGGCCGGCCCCGUCAAAAACUGCACCCCCUCCGCGCGGGAGCCCGCCUCGCCCGCCGCGCCGCCCGCGCCACCCGCGCCGCCCGCGCCGCGCAUCAGCGUCAGCGCCGCCGACGACUCGCCCGCCGACCGGCGCCGCCGCGUGCACCUGCGCUCGCUCAGCGACGUCACGCCCGCCUCGGCCGCGCUCGCGCCCCGCGCCCGCUCCCACUCGGAGCGGCCGCGUGCCUCCCCCUCGCCCUCCCCCUCCCGCCUGCCAGCCCCCUCGCCGCGGCCCGCGCGCAGCGAGGCCUGCUCGCCGGAGCGCGCGCGCGCCCGGGACGCCGACGGCGACCCCUGGCGCAAGAUGAGCGACGCGGAGCUGCACCCGCGCGACCCCUGGGUGCGGCCCCGGCCGCGGCUGGAGCGGCGCGCGCCCGUGGCGUGCGCGGCGUGCGGCGCCGAGAGCUGCUCGUGCCGGCGGGCGCGGCCGGCGCGCGCCGUGUCGCUGGGCGCGGCGCCGGCCGCCGCCUGCACGUGCGAGGCGCGCGCGUCGCCGCGGCGCCGCCCGCCCGACGCGCCCGCCCCGGCGCCGCCGCCCGCCGCGUCGCCGGACCCGCUGCUCGAGACCACGUGCUGA